CCUUGAUUCCACCCUUGCAUUUUUCCCGCAACAAACAAGUGUACUGGUACGCUGAGCAGCGGGAGCACUUCGGACUUUUUCACAGCCAAAAUGCCGAAACGAGCGUGUCCUUUUUCGGAAACCUUCUCUUCACAAUACAAAGUACAUGUCGGGCAGCAGGAGUUGAAUCAAUACAGCGUGUUUGGGAACAAAUACAGACAAGAAAUCUACGAGAAGACAAAGAGCCUACUUUUCAACGGUGCCAAGGCAGUGGUGGGCACAAUAUGGACUGGGGAGGAGAAGUGCGCAGACCCGCAGCCCACCAGACCAGCUGAGACACCUGCGAGCGGCCAGUCAUUGCUGAGAGGACAGACACUGAUUGGAUAUGAUGGCAGGCUGACAAAAGCAACCAGAGCACCAGGUGCACCAACAGCUCCUACCGGCUGCUGCGUGUGUCAGAAGAGCCUGGGGUCCCGGACACCAUGCUCCCAAUGUGACCGUCUAGCCUGUUCCUCCUGUACCCGACAGUGCUCCAGCUGUUCCAGCCUCUGCUGCUCUGUCUGUACCACCAUAGAUUACAGCGGACGAUACGAUGAAGUACUGUGCUGCAGUUGUUCGACGUAAAGGAAGCUCAUGCAGAAGUUUGAACAUUUAUAUAGUUGCCUCACAUGAGAUAUACUAAGACUGCAUUUUAUACCUGUGUUGUUGUUGUUGUUUUUUAUGUGAUCCAAAUGUUUUCUUGUAUAUAUGUAAUUCAUUCCAAAAGUAACUGAAAUAAACUUGAACACUUUUGUAUAAAGUUAAA